ACAAUUCACUUGUAAGUUGUAAUGAUCUGUCUGCGCUUUUGGGAAGUACGAAGUACCUACUCCUGUUUGGUAUAUGUGUACCAUUCUUUACACAUUUGAAUUCAGUCAACGUUGUAAGUUCAUCUGUGACAUUUAUCUUGGAGUGGUUCGGACGCGACGGUACGCUUCAACUUAUUCUAUGUAGACAAAGUGUUGUCUUACAAUUUCAUAUAAGGUCAAUUAUUUGGUGUUGUGUUAAUUUGUUUAAACGAUAAACAUUUUGAAUCAAAUUGUUAAGUGUUAAAAAUUUAAUUAAUAUACGAGUACCUUACCUUCUGUUUAUUGGAUAAAUAGACAUUUUAAAUAAGGUAACUACCGUACGUUACCGUGCAAGUCUAUUAAGCAGAUAAGAUUUUUAACGUGUCCGUUGAGAUAUUUACCUUUCCACAUUUGGAUAAGAUAAAUUCUCCAAAAUGUCUACAAAUAACGAUUCACAUCAAAUAUCUAACAUAUCAAAUUGGUAUGCUGGAAAAAAUAUUUUUAUCACUGGAUCAACGGGUUUCAUGGGUAAAGUUUUGGUGGAAAAACUUCUUCGGAGCUGCCAAGAUCUAAAAUGUUUGUAUCUUCUCAUUAGAGAAAAGAAAGGAGCUAGCGUAAUCGAAAGAAAAGAACAAUAUUUUAAAUGCGUGAUUUUCGAUGGAAUUUUAAAAACAAAUCCAGAUGUUAUUAAUAAAGUCAAAGUAAUCAAGGGUGAUGUUCUUGAGAAAAAUCUUGGCAUAUGCGAUAGCGACUUACAAGAAUUAAUAUCAAAAGUUGAUAUUGUUUUCCACUGUGCUGCUAAUGUUCGAUUUGAUCAACCUCUUAGACCCAUGAUUGAAAUGAAUGUGGGUGGUACACAGAAGGUUUUGCAAUUGGCUGAAAAACUAAAUAACCUUAAAGUUCUAAUACAUGUAUCGACAUCAUAUUGCCAAUGUAAUCAAGAUGUACUAGAAGAAAAGGCAUAUCGACCUCCAAAUAAUUCUUAUGAAAUUCUGGAAAUGGUAGAAACUUUGAAUGAUAAAGCAUUGGAACAAAUAACUCCUGGAUUGCUAAAUGGACUUCCAAACACAUAUGCUUACAGUAAAGCACUGACAGAAGGAUUAGUUUGCUCGUAUGAAAGUAAAUUACCUAUUGUUGUUUGCAGACCUUCAAUAGUGACUGCAUCACGAAAAGAACCAGUACCUGGAUGGAUCCAAGGUGUAAACGGACCAACCGGACUAAUGAUAGCAGCAGCCAGGGGUGUUCUUCGUUCAAUGCAUUGUAACCCUGACUUUCCAGCCACCAUAAUUCCUGUUGACACUGCUAUAAACGCGCUAAUUGCUGCAGCUUGGGAUUAUGGAAAUCGAUCAGAAAAUGGUGUGAGCUUUAUCAAUGUUUGCGUGUCAAAUAAGUUACUUAUGACAUGGGGCGAGAGCAUUGAAUCUGGAAAACGUUUUUUCUAUGAGACUCCACUAAGUUUAUCAUUAUGGUAUCCAAAUGGAUCCAUAAAGAAAAACUACUACGAACAUUUAUUUUGUGUAAUUUUUUUCCACUAUCUGCCAGCCUAUUUCAUUGACUUUUUCUUGUUCUUAUUUGGACAAAAGCCAUUUUUAGUAAAUGUGCAGAAAAAAAUUUCCGGUGGUUUGGGCCUGCUUCAAUACUACACAACAAAAACAUGGGAAUUCAGAAAUGAAGCGUUUUGCAAAUUAAACUCUAAAUUGAACAACGUUGAUCAGGAGAUAUUUGAUAUUUGUCAGGAGCAAAUCAAUUGGGAACAAUAUAUUCGAGCAUACAUUCAUGGCAUGCGGACUUUUAUGUUAAACGAAACUGAAGCUUCACUUCCAAAGGCGAAAAAACUUUUGAGACGCUUGUAUAUUCUUGAUCGAAUAGCUAAAUGUAUAUUUUUUGGUAUUAUAUUUACUUUGCUUUGGAUGAACGUGGAUACCAUGAUGGAACGAGGAGAUGCAAUAAUCAAAAAUUCGUUAAAUUUGUUUAUUAAAAACGAAAAUAAUACGCUUUUAAUAAAUAAAUAAAAUUAA